AUGCUGAUUGCGGCCAUCUUUACCCUUCUUUUCAGCACCGUUGGGGUGGUUAGUGGUCAAGCUGGGCCUGGUGCACCAGCGGAUCAAAGCCAGAGCCAAGGCGAGGUGCAGGCAGGCGAGAGCGUGUUUGGAUCCGGAUGUCGCUGGGAUCCGACGCAGAGCAACAUUGAGGAGGUGACCUUCACCUUUCGCACGGGCGAGGCGCCUCCUUCGACGUGGUUUGCCGACGUGCACACUGCCAAUCAGGACGCCGAAGCGCAGGCCUCCAAGCUUCGACGCCGAGCCGAUCCGCCACCUCCACCACCGCCUCAGCCACAACCGGAUCAAAGCAACGUCAGUGACAAAGACAAGGCGAUGGUAGCGGAGAAACUGAGUCACCAGCCGGUGUUGGAUGCUUCGUACCACACACGCCUUAUUGAUGUGCUCACCUACCGCGCGCGAUACGGCACAUUUGGCAGUAGCCUCAACAGUGCCGGAUGUGCGCUUCCUGCAUUCAGCGAGCGACUGGCGCACUUGGAGCGACAGGAACGCGAGAUUGUCAACAACUACACCCGAAUGCACAUCCACACCGCCGGACCCGACAACAGCCCCAACGCAAUGUUCUACUGGGCCGGUCUGUCGAACUAUGACCCGAACGUGCAUUCGGACCUGAUUCAAACAGUCGUGUUCUACGGCGAUGGAUGUGCCGCCAACCCUCGCGUUGGGCUUUGCAUCUAUGCUGCCGAAUACAGCAACUUUCGCUACAACGCCGAAGACCACAUGUGCAUGGGCAGCGACAUGCCCGUUUUUUACCCGGUCAACUCCCCCAUGACCGUCGUUUACCGCACCCAGAACGGAUUUAGAACCCAGGAGGCGUGGAUCGACAACAAGAUGGUCAGCUACCUAAGGUCGGCCGGCGACCAGGUCAUGAAUAGCUUUGUUAUUACGCAGGAGUGCAAGAACUGCACCUGGCCCAUCUCGCCCCAGAUCUACUCGAACAUUGUGCUCAAGUUCUCGACGCCAGAACCGCAUUUCGACGAGCUGGGAUUGUGCACCGGCGGCGCAAAGCUCAAAGCCCCGCCGAGAAUGCUCGACGGCGGAAAGACUUGGAUCAUUGACGAGGUGUGGGUGCCCGCGGGAAAACACCUUGUCGUCAAGGGCGAGGGCGAGGCCAACGACGACAACUCUGCAGGCAAGAAGGACGACAGCGGUAAGCAGGGUGAUGGCGGCGCCCAGCAGAGCAAGCACAAGAGCGCCAAGAAGCAGGGCCAACAGGGCCAAAAGGGUCAGCGCAAAAAGCACGGGCAGCACGGCUCAAAGGGUCAGCCUGGCCAGCAAGGUCAGCCUGGACAGCGGGAUCAAUCGCGCCAACAGGAUCAGCCCCGACAGCAGGGCCAGCCCGGACAGCAGGGCCAGCCCGGACAGCAGGGUCAACCUGGACAGCAAGGCCAGCCUGGACCGCAAGGCCAGCAAGGCGCCGGACAGUCCGGACAGCAGGGACAGCCCGGCCAGCAAGACCAAUCCGGACAGCAAGGCCAGCAGGGCCAACCCGGCCAACAGGGCCAACAGGGUCAACAGGGCCAACCUGGACAGCAGGACAAGAAGCACGAUCAUGGCGACAAAAAAGCCGGCCAGGGCGAUGUGGCGUGUGUUGCGGUGUGUGGCUCGGUGAAUUUCCCGGAUCCUCCCUCCACUGCUCGAGCUGCCCACCUGGACGACAGUGACCUGAGCGCAUCCACCUUGCUCACCACCAUCCCCACUCUACGCCGAACCAACAACAAACACCGCUUGACAAUGUCGAACGCAAAGGGAACCGUCGGAUUCAUCGGCUUGGGCAGUAUGGGCAAGCCGAUGGCAGUGAAUGUAGCCAAGGCAGGGUUUGGCGUCAAGGCGUUCGAUCUGCGCGCCGAGGCAGUCGAGGCGUUUGUACAGGCCUCGGCGAGCCAUGGUGGUGCAGGCGCAACGUCGGCGCUGGACGCUGCUACGGGAGCCGACUUUCUGGUGCUCAUGGUGGUCAACGAUUCACAAGCCCGGUCGAUCCUGUUUGAUCGAGAGACGCCGGAAAGCAAGACCCCACUCGAGGCGCUUAAUCCCUCAGCAAGCGUGAUUCUCAUGGCCACCUGUUCUCCCGGUGCUGUGGUGGCGUUGGAGAAAGACAUGCUGGCCGUGCGGGCCGACGUUGCACUGGUGGAUGCACCCGUUUCGGGCGGUGUGAGCGGGUCCACAAACGGCACACUGACCAUCAUGGUCGGCUGCGCACCCGCCGCAUACGAACGCUCCCAGCCCGUGCUGUCAGCAAUGGGCGAUAAGCUGUACCACAUGGGCAACGACGUGGGCAAGGGCAACAGCAUGAAGGCGAUCAACCAGGUGCUGUGUGGCAUCCACGUCGCUGCGGCCGCUGAAGCCCUUGCACUCGCCACCAAGCUAGGUGUGGACCGCGGAACUGCGCUCGAGAUCGUCAGCAACUCGGCAGCCAGCUCGUGGAUGCUGCGCGAUCGAGGCCCGCGAAUGCUCCAGGAAGAACCAGAGAUCCACUCCAUGACCCAGAUCUUUGUCAAGGACCUAGCGAUUGUUGCCGAGGCAGGCAGGCAGUACGGAGCUGCUCUGCCGCUCAGCGUCGCCGCACAACAGAUGUUCGUCGCGGCCGAUGCGAGGGGCCAGCGACACAUGGACGACUCGAGCGUCAUCCGUUGCUACGAGGCACUCAACGGCCCUAUUCCCAAGUAA